GUCAUCUUUACCAUGAGAUUCACAUCCGCUCCAUACUCUUCAGAUUUACCGCUUCAUUCCAAGAAACCAAACAUCCAAACAAGCAGCUGUUGGGUUUUGAACCAUCAGAGACCGUACAGACGAAAAUAUGAUCACCUUCAAUAAACAGGAAUCAUACAUCAAAGUUUUUUCAACCACAAUCUUUUUUAGCAUCAUCUUUCUUUUCAUGUUUCUCCAAAACGCUGUGAUAUACAAUUCCCUGCAAACAUCUGAUGAUGAUGAUGAUGAUGGAGGAGGUCUGUGCGCUUGUGAUCAAUGUGUCAGAGAUCUGAACGAUGAUGACUGGUUCUUUAUGCGCUACAGCCCAACAAUUCCAACUAUGCUGAACAAAAAGAACAGCGUGUUAAAGAAAGAUGUCUAUAGAUGGUGGAAAGGUCUACAAAUUGACGGCUCUGAACAUGUGUACACGGAUUUGGUGGACACAUUGUUUGCUCUCUUCCCAGAUGAGGAACACUAUUUGGACGCUAGUCUGGAUCGCUGCAGGACCUGUGCCGUGGUCGGAAACUCUGGGAAUCUUCUGAAAUCCCAAUACGGUGAAUUGAUAGACAGCCAUGACUUGGUCAUAAGGAUAAACAAGGGUCCAACAAAAGGUUAUGAGGGGGACGUGGGGUCUAAGACCACCCACAGGAUUAUCUACCCUGAAAGCGCUGUGGACAUUGAUAAGUCCACCCAUCUGAUUAUUGUGCCCUUUAAGAUCCUUGAUCUGCGCUGGCUCAUCAGCAUCUUCACCACUAAACACAUCACACGCACGUACACUAAUGUGAAAAGUACUCUAAAUGCUGACAUGGACAGGGUGAUGAUUGUCCAUCCAGCGUUCAUAAAAUACGUUUAUGAUAACUGGUCACAAAGGCACGGCAGAUAUCCAUCUACAGGCUUCAUUUCACUAAUACUGGCCCUUCACAUCUGUGAUGAGGUUAAAGUUUUUGGCUUUGGAGCUAGAAGUGAUGGAAACUGGCACCAUUAUUUUGACAGAACUUUGGCUCACUUUUCCAGAGGUAGCCAUGGCGGAGACUUUGAAAAUAAAACCAUGAAUGAGCUUCAGCGGAGAAACAAGAUUUUCAUGUAUAAAGGGAUAUAGUAUAUCUGUCAAAUUUAAUAAUACAAAAAAACUUUCUUUUUGGGGGAGGGGGAAUGAUUGCUCCAUGUUUCUAACAACACAAACCCAUCCCACUGUUGUUGCAUAAAUAUUGUCCCAAAACGUAUGUGUCCUAUUUUCUUUGAAAUAUAUUUCUAUAUUAUACGUAAAUUUCAUUAAUAUUAAGAAAAGCAAGAAAACAUUGAAUAUUGAAAAAUAUAGACACUUUCAGGUUGGAGCUGUGAUUGGUGCACAGACCUGGUGUCAUCACUGCUGGCACUUUAUGAAGAGUAUUUGCAUACUCAGGUAAGAAUAUCGGUGGAGUUGAAAUAUUACAGAUGAUAAUCAUUUUUAUUAGCCUUUUAAUGUGUUAAUCGUUUACAUGUCAAGAGAGGUAAAUCCGACUAAAGAUGUGCCAAAUUGUAUUAGAUAUUUAGUUUGUUUCAGGGUGUCCGAGGGGUCUUAAAAGCCAUUUUCCAAGGUAUUACAUUUUUUUAUCAUCUUUUCAUGUUUGUAUAAAGAGGUCAUAUGCUAAAGUUUACCUGAAUUUAAUCAUUGCGCAGGCGAAUAGUGGGAGGUCCAUUUACACCCGGUUGUUAAACAACAUCGUUGACUAAUGGGGAAAUGCAAGUUUUCAUGCAAAUGGUUGGAGGAUAAGGAGUUGGAACCAUGGCAGAGAGCCGUCUCUGGGAAUAACCGUGAGGUGUACUGCUCUGCGUGUCAGAAGGCGAUUAGCGUAGCCUCCUUUCGCUUUCUAAUAAACCUGAAUGAAUGAUGAGAAAGCUUUAGUCUACUGUUUGACAUUGUUGACGCAGUAGAUUUUUUUCAUUGUUGUAUAUUGUCACAUGCUUACCCGACAACUAUAGGUGUGUUAAAUUGGUGGAUUUAAAUGGAAAAGGGUGGAUUAGUGGCUUGGAGAAUGACUAAUUUCAUACAGUGGCAAGAAAAAGUAUGUGAACCUUUUGGAAUUUCAUUGUUUUCUGAAUAAAUUUGUCAUAACACGUGAAAUCUGAAAGCUCUUUUUGGCGAGGCAUGGCUCACAUAAGCGUGCUCUUCUUGUGCAGCGCAAACUCAAAAAGUUUGAGGGGUUUUUAUCAGUCAAAGUAGCUGUAGUCCACACCUCCAAACUUAUUAUCUUAAGGAGACUCCAGGUGUGCUAAAACCUGACUCCAAUUAGCUCCAUUAUCUCAAGGGUUCUCAUACUUUUUCCACA